UUCACAGACAUCUCGAGGCAAGAAAAAGAGAAACUAUCCCGAAUCCUCACAGCUGGAAACAACAUCAUGCAAAAACCCUGCAAAGAAAAUGAAGGAAAGCCCAAGUACAGCGUGCCAAAGAGAGAGGAAGAACGCCCCUAUGGAGAAUUUGAACGCCAGCAAACAGAGGGGAAUUUUAGGCAAAGGCUGCUUCAGUCCCUCGAGGAAUUUAAAGAGGACAUAGACUAUAGGCACUUUAAAGAUGAAGAAAUGACGAGGGAGGGAGAUGAGAUGGAAAGGUGUUUGGAAGAGAUAAGGGGUCUGAGAAAGAAAUUUAGGGCUCUGCAUUCUAACCAUAGGCAUUCCCUGGACCGUUCCUAUCCCAUUUAAUGCAUUUCUCCCCUGAAUUCAACUAUUUUCUGUUACUAAUAUUACCACCAUUGGCGUCUUUUUGUCUGCAUUUUCUUGCUAGAUAUUGCUACCUUUUUACUCCUAUCCUCCAGUGUUCCUUUGAUUUGCAUAUGACUCCUGUUACCAACGUCUCAUCUUUUGACCCAAUCUCACUCAUUUAAUGAGGAUGUUUUAUUCAUUUGCAUGGGAAGAUGCUUAUUUAUAUUGUAAAGUAAAAAUAAUAAGUUGCAAAACAGUGUGUGUAUAUGUAUAUAUAUAUACACAUAUGUGUACAUUUAUAUAUGACAAAAUGCAAAAGAAAAAGUAUGAAUUAUUAUACACCAAAAGGUUAACAGUGAACCUCUGUGUGAUUUGUACUUCAUUUCUUUUUUGGCUAUCGGCAUCUUCUCGUUUUCCACAAAAUGAAUAUAUAUGUGUGUGUAUGUGUGUGUAUUGUGUCACAAAAAAACUAAAAUAAACAGACACAAAAACCUUGUCAAUCACCUUUGAAGGACAGUAAAACACUUAAUAAACUUCUGACAACAGAACUAUAAAAAAGAAAUGUAAACUUCAAAUUACCUCUGGAUCUUUUAGCCAGAGGAAUAAAAUGGCAAUUAUUACAGAUA